AUGAUGAGCCGCACACCAGACGCCAGGGCGCGAGACGUGGAGACUCGCAAAAUCCAGGAGAGCAUCACUAACGUGGAGAAGUACUUUGGAGAACUGUGUCAACACUUUGCUGGCUAUGGGCGGAAAACUGCCAGAUUGCGUGACAAAGGAGAUCUGUUGGUGCGGUUGAUUGGUCAGUAUGCAGACACUGAAACGCCAAAUCUUAAAAGCGGCAUGAAACAAUUUACUGAGAACUUGGCCAAAGUCCAAGACUAUCGCCAUGCUGAGGUGGAAAGACUUGAAGCCAAAGUCAUUGAGCCAUUAAAAACGUAUGGCACUGUGGUACGAAGACAAAGAGAAGAUCUGAAAUCAACACAGAAUGCCAGAGACCGAGAGUCCAAACAGAUGGCUCAACUUGAGAGGGCCAGACAGCGAAACCCCUCUGACCGGCAGAUCAUUUCACUGGCUGAAAGUGAGCUGCAGAGGGCUACAAUGGAUGCCACCAGAAUCACCAGGCACCUGGAAGAAACAAUUGAUGAUUUUGAAAAGCAGAAAAUUAGAGACAUUAAGAAAAUCUUUGGAGAGUUUGUGAACAUCGAGAUGGCGUUUCAUGCUAAGGCGUUGGAGCUGUACACCGUGGCCUUCCAGAGUAUUCAGAGUGUGGAUGAAGAGGCAGACCUGGAGGUGUUCAGGACCUCACUGCACCCACCAGAAUUCCCGUCUCGCUUAGACAUAGUUCGAGCUAAUUCCCAAAUGUCCCUCAAUCGCACUGAGUCCUUCAUGGGAACUUCAGGGUCUACACAGCAUCAAGCAAGUAUUCGUCAGGUGAGGAGAGAGGCGGCCAAUGAUGAAGACGACUCUGAGGACGAAUCAGAGGAAUCCUCAGAAGAUGACAGUUAA